AGAUUUUUUUUGUAAAAAUUUUAUUAUCUAUUAUAAAAUGGGUAAAGUAAAAAAAAUUCAAGAAUACAAAAAAAUAAAAGUACGACGACAAUUAUUCGUCAAACCAAUAGCUAUUGUUAAACCCUAUGUUCCGGAAAACGAAUAUAAAAAGCCUCAAAUAUAUGUACCUCAAGUGGUAGAAACAAUACCACUUGAGGAAUCAGACGAGGAAGUGUAUGAAAAUCAAUUAGAAAUAUUCGACGACAUUCCUGAAAUAGAUGAUGAACAAGUACGUAUACUUGAUAGAAUUGUAAGACGUAUAGACGAACAUUUAAAUGAAUUUGGAACGCCAAGGAGACCAUAUGAUAGACGUAUAUUAUGUAUAGGAUGCUGCCAGUGCGACGAUCAAAGCGAUCACGAACACUGUUGUGUGACAACCGUGUGCCCGUUCAUUCAAGGUUUAUUUGAACGGUGCCGCGGUUGUUGUUAUUGUAUUUAAAUGUAAAAUUGUAAAUAUGUAAAUAAAAAAAUUCAUUUAACAAAA